UCUGAAUUGUCUCCGACUGUCCUCUCUGCGCAAUACCAGCAGCAGCGAGAACAACAACAAUAGUAGUAGUAGUAGUAGUAGUAGUAGUAGCACCACCCCGCCACCUUGCUCCCUGUCCUCGUCCUCCUCUACCACCAACGACACAAGCUCUAGCAGUAGUAGUGACGACGAGGCUUUGCUCGAAGAGCAGGACGAGGCCACACGCAUGGCCGCUGAGGCACUUGCUGCUGCUUCGGCGGAUGCGCAUCACCGCGCGGCACAAGAAGAGCAGCUCGUGUCACUUGUGAUGCAGAACAAGCAAUCCGCUCAAGCUGCCACUGGCCUGGAUCACACAAAGUUCCUGACAAAGAACGCUCACAUUAAACGACCACGGAAUGCUUGGAUCCACUUCCGAUGUCAUUAUGGCCAGGCAUUGAAAACUCAAGACCCGACGCUACGUGCAGAAGAGAUCUCAAAACGUGCAUCGCGGCGCUGGGCCCGUUUGACGGAGAAAGAAAAGAAGCCAUGGCAUGAUCUGGCCGAGCAGGAGAAGCUCGCACACAAGGAAGCGUUCCCGGAGUACCGAUACUGCCCAAAACGCCACUCGUCGUCAUCGUCAUCUUCAUCGUCGUCAUCAUCGCUAGCAUCGCCCUCGCCCACGACGACACUGCUCUACCACGAUGCAGUAGCAGCAGCAGCAGCAGCAACAACAACAGCGGCAGUGGUCGAGGUACAUGCUGCGGAAGGCCAAUCCGGCUGUGACACCAGCGGUCACCGGUACAAGAAAGCCAGACGGCGGACAAAGUAAAAAACAAAAUGCAAGCCAACAACAGCCAUUAUACAUAUUGUACAAAAUUUAAAAAAAAUGAACGAGUUGCACCGAGAAGGGAAGGGGACACACUUACACACUUACACACUUUUACACACUUUUACACACACGCAAUUCAACUCAAUUUCACUUUACACUUUUUUAUACAACACUCGCACGCACGCACUAUCAACAAAAGCACUCACUCACUCACUCACUCACUAUACAUACUUCUUUGCACACACACAAAAUCAAAAACAAACUCUCACCCGCACCCUCCCCUUCUCGCUUCCGCAUCAACACACACACACACACACACUCUCUCUCUCU